UCCUACCGCCGUCACCUUGUGCGCUGCUCUGCCACACUACCAGUCCCAGUAGUAGUAGCACCCUCGCCCCACUCGUUUGGCUUCCUCUCCCUGGAAUGGAGGCGUAGCGUCGGGAGAAACAGAGAGAGAGAGGAAACUCCGGAGCUAGGGUUCUGCGCCGCCGCAUCCGCCUGGCCUGCAGCUCGUCGUCGUCCUCCGGCUUCGAAACCUCCGGCGCCGCGGCGGUCUAGAGCUCCGAUGGGGAAGUCUCCGGCGAAGUGGCUCAAGUCCGUGCUCUUCGGGAAGAAGACGUCCAAGUCUGGCUCCACCAAGGGAAAGGAUUUAUCGAAGGCACCUGGUAACCGAGGGUAUGCUGCCACCGGGAAGGACCCAGUGUUUUCGGAGAGCUCCCCGGUGAUCUCGGAGCCGGUGCUUGUUACCCCCCACAACAAUGACACUGUGCCGGAGGUGAGAAAGGCUGAGAAUUCCAGCUUGCAAGGUGAAGUGGUGGUGCCUGAUGUGAAUCAGGAUUUGGAGAAGCAGAGCACUGUUGGGUCUGAUGUGCUGUCCAAUGACCCGGAGAGGUUGAGGGAAGAACAAGCAGCUGUCAAGGCACAGGCUGCCUUCCGAGGCUACCUGGCACGUCGGGCAUUCCGUGCAUUGAAAGGAAUCAUAAGACUUCAGGCACUUAUCCGUGGACAUCUUGUAAGGAGGCAAGCUGCUUCAACUCUUCGUGCAACAUGGUUGAUUGUGAAGUUCCAAGCUGUCGUUCGUGGUAGAAAUGUCAGACUUUCUAGUGACGCCGUUCAAUUCAGAUGGAAUCUUGUUCAGCAGAAUUCCAUGGGUGCUAAACCGGAUGCAUGGAAGGAGAGGUUAGCUUCAAAUGCAUUUGCUCGAAAGCUUCUAGCUUCCCCAAUUCUGGUAGAGGCUCUUCACUUUCAGUAUGAUGAGAGGGAUCCGAAUUCAGCAUUCAACUGGUUAGAGAGAUGGACCAUAAGUCGUGUCUGGAAGCCUGUUUACCAACCAAAGAGAUCUGCUGCCUCUGAUGCCAAAGCACAGACAAGGAAGGCCAGCUAUGCUAUGGAAACAGAGUCAGGGAAAUUGAAACGCAAUGCUCGGAAGAGUUCUGCAAUGUCAGUUGAGCCUGCACCAACAAACAUGCCGUUGGAAACUGAAAAACCAAGGCGGAACCAAAGGAAAUUCACUAGUAUUCCUGCCGAUUCAGUGCCUGAUAGCCAGUUAACUGAACUCGAGAAGGUUAAACGUAGCCUUAGGAAGGUUACUAAUUCCAUGGCAGAAGCCUCAAAGGUAUCUAGUCCUGCAACUGAGAUCUCUGACUAUCCUGAGGUCCAAUUUGAGAAACCAGUACGGACUGCACAGGAAGUUCCAGUUUAUCCUGAGAUUCAAGAACCUUACAAUGGUGAUCUAUUGGAGAAUGCAAAGAUGGAUAUUCCGGUACCUGAUCUCACGCAACUGGAAGUUACUUCAUAUCCAGUCACAACUGAAGAGAAAGCUGGUGAGCUGACAGUUGUAACUACAACAGCUGAAGUUAUGCCGCUGCAAGACAUUGAUAAUGAAGAAAAUGCUUUAGUGAAUGACAUUGAACCGAGAUCCAGAGAAGAACCUCUUUCUACCGAAAGCCUUAAAAGUGGCAAUAGGAGGUCUUCAUUCUCAACCAAGCCAGAAUAUCCAGAAAACGGCUCCAAAAACUCUCCAUCUGUGCCAAGCUACAUGGCUGCAACAAAAUCUGCAAAGGCGAAACUGCGAGGUCAGAUUUCACCUAGACUCAGUGCUGAUUCAGCAGAAAAAACUGUCUACACACGUCGCCAUUCUCUCCCUUCCCCUGCCAAUGGUAAGCAGAACUCACACUCGCCGCGUACACAAAGGCCAGCCCAUUCUGGUAGCAAAGAGGGAGUGAAAGGCGACAAGUCUAUGCUGUCAUCAAGAGACGCAAGUGAGAGACCAAUGAAAGCCGAGUGGAGACGCUGAAGACAUCUACUGAUCAUCGAACACCAAAAAAUUCCUCCAUUUGAGUAGCAUGGCGACUUCUGGGUGGACGGUGGAUUUGCUCCGGUUGUUUUGCUUCUGAUGUAAAAAUGUUCUCGCUUCUGCUGCGACAAGGGACCAGCUUAAUUUGUUGUGGUAUCACCUGGUGUCGAGUUUGACUUAUUUAUAGGGUUUUGCGACGUCCCGCCUUUGCUGUCUUGGGUCUUGUAUAGCUGAAGUGUGUUCCGCCUGGUUUGUUUUGGUUCCCCCACCCUGAGAUAGACACCCCUGCUUUAUUAAGCGAGCGAGCUGAGAGAUGCUGAUGUUAGUGAGCACUUUGGGUUGAACAAUCUGUCAAUCUUGCCCCGUUUGGUUGGUUAUCCCAUGACAUAUUUGGUUGUCUCCCUGCUUUA